UGAGGGAAUUGUGGAACCGUGGAAGAGGCAAGAAGAAGCAAGGGGUGACAAUUUUGUUUUUAAGGAAUCUGCAGUUCGUGUGCCCUUACAAUUGUAUUUUACACACACAGUUCUCAGCAGCUUGGUCAGUGAAGUGGAGGAUAGAGAGAAGCAGAGGAGGACAUAACAGAGGGAGAAAGAGAGAGGGAGCUCUGCAGCAGGAUCCCCACCGUGCUGAGCCCAGGACUGCGUGACUGGUCUGUGCUGGGUGAGGGGGAGGGGAGGCAUAUCAGUGCAACACAGCCUUACUGGAUGAGUAGCAGCAGCAGCAGUAACACUAGCAGCAUCUCAUUUGUGGCUGCUGGGGGCUCGGUCGCUAGAGCACUUUGCUCCCGCUCACACACACACAGGCGCUCCCAGCGCCACCGUCAUACACACGCAGUGGCAGCCACAGCCGUCGUUAGAGCCUGGGCUGGGGCAGGGACGGGGACCGCUACUGUGACGACUGGAGCUACUGCGAUAGCAGCUGCGGCACCAUGGCGCAAGCCGCCAAGCAGCUACGCAAGAACAAGGACCUAGCGGAGCUCGCAGCUCAGGAGCUGAAGGAUAAGGAGGAGGAGAAGAACAAGAAGAGGAAUCGAUCGAGGGACCGCAGACGCAAGGCUCAUGUGGUUCAGCGCUGGCUUGUCCAUCAGGACAGUAGUGUGAGCUCUGAGAGGUCGGCCAAUCGAGCCCGGGGAAUAUGGUACUAUGAUGACAGAGCGGAUGCUGCCACCAGUUUCCUCCGUGCGGCCCGUUCAGGGAACCUGGACAAGGCUCUGGACCACAUCAAGAAUGGAAUAGACAUCAACACAUCCAAUCAGAAUGGGCUCAACGGUUUGCAUCUGGCCUCUAAAGAAGGCCACGUCAAGAUGGUCCUGGGGCUACUACACGCUGGCAUUGUCCUGGAGACCACAACUAAGAAAGGGAACACUGCCCUCCAUAUCGCUGCGUUGGCAGGCCAGGAGAGAGUGGUGGCUGAGCUCGUCAACUAUGGAGCCAACGUCAAUUCCCAGUCACAGAAAGGCUUCAGUCCCCUAUACAUGGCUGCUCAAGAGAACCACUUAGAUGUAGUAAAGUUUCUGCUAGAGAACGGAGCCAAUCAGAGCCUUCCAACAGAGGAUGGGUUCACGCCGCUGGCGGUGGCUCUUCAGCAGGGUCAUGAGAACGUGGUGGCCCUGCUCAUCAACUACGGCACCAAGGGCAAGGUCCGUCUGCCUGCCCUGCACAUCGCUGCACGCAACGACGACACACGCACUGCCGCAGUGCUGCUGCAGAACGACCCUAACCCUGACGUCCUCAGCAAGACUGGCUUCACUCCUCUCCACAUUGCGGCUCACUAUGAGAACCUGAGUGUGGCCCAACUGCUAAUAAACAGAGGCGCCAAUGUCAACUUUACUCCCAAGAAUGGUAUCACCCCCCUACACAUAGCCUCCAGGAGGGGUAAUGCGAUCAUGGUUCGACUUUUGCUGGACAGAGGGGCCCAGAUAGAUGCCAUGACCAAGGAUGAGCUGACCCCUCUGCACUGUGCGGCCAGGAACGGUCAUGUCAGGAUCAUCGAUCUCCUGCUGGACCUGGGGGCUCCCAUCCAGGCCAAGACCAAGAAUGGCCUGUCCCCCAUCCACAUGGCGGCCCAGGGAGACCACAUGGACUGUGUGAGGCAGCUCCUCCAGUACAACGCUGAGAUCGAUGACAUCACGCUGGACCACCUGACCCCUCUACAUGUGGCGGCCCACUGUGGUCACCACCGCAUGGCCAAAGUGCUGCUGGACAAGGGGGCCAAGGCCAACGCACGUGCACUGAAUGGGUUCACUCCCCUCCACAUUGCCUGUAAGAAGAACCACAUGCGCUCCAUGGACCUUCUGCUGAAACACUCUGCCUCCCUGGAGGCCGUCACAGAGUCUGGUCUGACCCCUCUUCAUGUAGCAGCCUUCAUGGGGCACCUGAACAUUGUGAAGAACCUGCUCCAUAGAGGAGCUUCACCCAACGCCUCCAAUGUGAAAGUGGAGACACCCCUCCACAUGGCAUCCAGGGCAGGCCACUGUGAGGUGGCUCUGUUCCUGUUGCAGAACACAGCACAGGUGGAUGCAAAGGCUAAGGAUGACCAGACCCCUCUCCACUGUGCAGCCCGUAUGGGACAUAAGGAGCUGGUCAAGCUGCUCCUGGAGCACAAGGCCAACCCCGACUCGGCUACCACAGCUGGCCACACCCCCUUACACAUCGCUGCCCGUGAGGGACACACCCACACCACCCGCAUCCUCCUGGAUGGGGCGGCCCAACAAACCAAGAUGACAAAGAAAGGCUUCACUCCUCUCCAUGUGGCCUGUAAGUACGGCAAGGUGGAUGUGGUUGAGCUGCUGCUGGAGAGAGGAGCCAACCCCAACGCGGCUGGGAAGAACGGCCUGACUCCUCUACACGUGGCCGUCCAUCACAACAACCUGGACGUGGUCAAGCUGCUGGUCAGCAAGGGAGGCAACGCACACAGCACUGCCCGGAAUGGCUACACUCCCCUGCACAUUGCAGCCAAGCAGAACCAGGUGGAGGUGGCCGGCUGCCUGCUGCAGUACGGAGCCUCUGCCAACGCUGAGUCCCUCCAGGGGGUCACGCCCCUCCACCUGGCCUCCCAGGAGGGCCGGCCGGACAUGGUGGCCCUGCUCAUCUCCAAACAGGCUAACGUCAACCUGGGGAACAAGAAUGGACUGACCCCUCUGCACCUGGUGGCCCAGGAAGGUCACGUAGGGAUAGCAGAUACCCUGGUCAAACAGGGGGCAUCAGUCUACGCAGCCUCACGGAUGGGCUACACAGCGCUUCACGUGGCCUGUCACUAUGGCAACAUCAAGAUGGUGAAGUUCCUCCUGCAGCAGCAGGCUCAUGUGAACAGCAAGACCAGAGUGGGCUACACUCCCCUGCACCAGGCCGCCCAGCAGGGUCAUACUGACAUCGUUACCCUGCUGCUCAAACACGGAGCCCAGCCCAACGACAUCACCACUAAUGGGACUUCUCCUCUGGGCAUCGCCAAGCGUCUGGGUUACAUCUCUGUCAUUGAUGUGCUGAAGUUGGUCACAGAGGAGGCCGUUUCCGUGAUCACCACAGAGAAACAUCGGAUGAGUUUCCCUGAGACAGUGGAUGAGAUAUUGGACGUUUCAGAGGAUGAGGGCAUUGCAGCGCUAACAUUAGGUGAUGAGUUGCUGGGGAUGGAUGGUGCUCGCUACCUGAAGCUUGACGACCUCAAGGACCAGGAUGAUGAUUUCCUGUCCCCUAAGAAGACCCUCAGAGACUUUGAGGGCGGCCUGGGCACCACGCCAUACUCUCCUGCUAUUCCCAGAAUCCCAUGCGUGUCCCCAGAGACCGUCCUGCUGGAGGGGGUAAUGUUUAAAAGACACACCCCUGUCCCCCUGCCUAAGGACUAUGAUGAGGACUCUCUGAUCCCCAGCAGUCCUGCUACAGAGACCUCCGACAACGUCAGCCCAGUGGCCAGCCCUAUACACACAGGGUUCCUGGUCAGUUUCAUGGUGGAUGCCCGGGGGGGCUCCAUGCGUGGCAGCAGACACCACGGGCUGCGUGUCAUCAUCCCCCCUCGGACCUGUGCAGCCCCUACCCGUAUCACCUGUCGUCUGGUCAAACCCCAGAAACUCACCACCCCUCCCCCGCUAGUGGAGGGAGAGGGCCUGGCCAGCCGUAUCAUCUCCCUGGGGCCCUCCAGUAUGCAGUUCUUAGAGCCAGUGAUAGUGGAGAUUCCCCACUUUGCUGCUCUGGGUCGAGGGGACCGGGAGCUGGUGGUUCUGCGCAGUGAGAACGGCUCUGUCUGGAAGGAGCAUCGCAAUCGCUAUGGCGACGAGGUGCUGGAGACCAUUUUGAAUGGCAUGGAUGAAGACCUGGAGAGUCACGAGGAGUUGGAGAAGAAGAGAAUCCGCCGAAUUAUCUCCACUGACUUCCCCCUCUACUUCGCUGUGGUGUCCCGCGUCCAGCAGGAGAGCGACCUGAUUGGCCCAGAGGGAGGUCAGCUGACCAGUAACCUGGUCCCUCAUGUGCAGGCCAUCUUCCCUGAGACAGCGGUCACCAAGAGAGUGCGGCUGGGGCUGCAGGCUCAGCCAAUCCCAGACGAGCUGCUGACUCGACAGCUUGGUAACCAAGCGACCUUCAGUCCAGUGGUCACGGUAGAGCCACGACGACGCAAGUUCCACCGGCCAAUCGGAUUACGUAUCCCACUGCCCCCUUCUUGGAGGGAGAGUCCACGUGACGCUGGGGAUGGGGACACCACCAGCCUGCGCCUCCUCUGCAGUGUCAUUGGUGGAACAGCACCUGCCCAAUGGGAGGAUAUCACUGGCACCACCAAGCUGAUGUACGCCAACAACUGCGCCAACUUCACCACCAACGUCUCCGCAAGGUUCUGGCUGGCAGACUGCCCUCGCACGGCCGAGGUGGUGACCUUCGCCAACCUGCUGUACCGGGAGCUGAUGGCAGUGCCCUACAUGGCCAAGUUUGUGAUAUUCGCAAAAAUGAAUGAGGCGCGCGAGGGCCGCCUACGCUGCUACUGCAUGACCGACGACAAGAUGGACAAAACCCUGGAGCUGCACGAGAACUUCAGCGAGGUGGCACGAAGCAGGGAUAUAGAGGUGAUGGAGGGCAUGCCGCUGCACCUGGAGUGCUCUGGGAACCUGGUGCCUGUGAGGAAGGCCACUCAGCAGCCACGCAGCUUCAGCUUCCAAGCCUCCCAGAGACAACAGACGCCUGUCUCGGUCAAGGUUAGAGACAGCAAUAAGGAGGCCUCUGGGUUCCUUUCUUUCCUACGGAAGUCUACCAAGUAUGAGGACUCCCAGCAUGUGCUGUGUAACCUCAACAUCACCAUGCCACCCUGUGUCAAGGUUGUGGGGAGUGAGGAGCGCAGGCGAACUCUGACCCCACUGGCCCUGAGGGAGCGCUACAGCAUGCUGAACGAGCCCGGUCUCGUGAAUGCCAUGGAGAGGACCGAGCUCAAGAUCUCUCUCAUAUCUGAACAGCUGGGCUUGAGCUGGGCAGAGUUGGCGCGGGAGCUGCAUUUUGGUGUAGAUGACAUUAACAGAAUCAGGGUGGAGAAUCCUAACUCCCUCCUGGACCAGAGUUCAGCCCUGCUCAAUCUGUGGGCCGGCCGGGAGGGCAAGAGGGCCAAGAUGGAGAGUGUGUAUGGGGCUCUCAAAAACAUUGACCGUUCAGACAUUGUGAGUUCAGUGGAGGGCCAGCCACAGGCAGUGGCCGGGGCCUCAGAGGAGGGUGCCUGCACACUGGCCGACCGCGACUCCACCCUGCUCUCCCCCAGUGUUAUCAAUGGUUACGGGCUGGUGCAGGAGGAGCUGCUCUCCCCGGCCUCCUUGCAGUACAGCCUGCCCUCUCCACUGGGUGCUGAGCCCUACUGGCAGGAGGUGUCCAGUCUGGAGUGUGCCCCAAUCGCCACCACCGAAGAAGACAUCCUGAUGGAAAUGUCUGACGUGCAGGUGUGGCCCUCGGGGGUCAGCCCCUCUCUGGUCACAGUGGAGGACUCAUCCCUGGAUGGCAGCAGCCGGGCUGACGACUCAGAGGGGGCCACCCUGUCCCUUCCCUUCAGCCUGGGGCGCCCCAGCAGUGGGGCAAGCGGGGCCAGUGGCUCCAUCAUGGGGCUGGAGGAGGAAGAGGAAGGGGAGGUAGAGGAGGUGCGGCAGGAGCCGGCAGACAGGGACAGGGUGAGGGCCAGCGGUGCGGUGCCAAAGGUCAACCUGAAUGGCCAGCUGGGAGGUCAGAGGUCGGAGGGCAGGAGGGUGGAGGUAGCAGCAUCAGUGGCGGGCAGCAGUGUGACUGGAGGAGGAGGAGGAGGAGGAGUAGGGCAGAGUUCAGAGGAAGGGCUUUCUGUUGUUUCAGGACAGCAGGUCUAUGCCCAGCUGUGUGAGAUGUCAGGACUGAGCCGAACCAUGGAGCACAACGGAGACAACAGGGUGUUGGGAGGCAUUGCAUUCCAGCCAUACCUACCCGACAAGGACUCCCUGCAUGGCUGGGCGGGGUUGCAGACACCCAGGCUGCCCCGGCAGAGUGUGGAGACGCUGAUGAUGUUACCAGGGUCACGCGAAGCCCAGGAGGCUAUCUUGACGCCGAUUAAUGUUGAUAAAGAGGACUAUGCUGUUGAGUUUCUGGCUGAGGAGCAGUUUGUGGACGAACAUGGAAAAGUCGUCACUAGAAAUGUGGAGGUGGAUGUGAGGAAGGGUGCUCAGUCAGUGAAGCGCACCAGUCUGCGUAGAGUAUAACACUGAAACACACAUACCCAGUCCUCAAGGACCGGACAUCCACUGCCAAACUAUCCUCCACAAACACAAAGCCAGGUGACAGAGGGAAAUGAGGAAAAGAUUGAGAGGAGAGAAGAGGGAACGAAGACUGAUAGAAAGACUAAGAUCUGCAAACAACAAAUACAAACACAAAAUCAUCUGCAGAACGACCCUGGAGUUCCACAGCAAGAGGAAAAGAGACAGAGAUCUACUUGUAGUUUUGUAACAUUUUUUUAAAGAAAAAGGUACUAAACUAGAGUAGAGCAUGAUUUUUUUUCUAUGAAAAACAUGAGAAAAUCCAACCCCCAAAAAAUGCAACAAAAAAGUGCUUCCUGUCAACUGUAACCGCAUGAUUGACUGAUGGUGCAUGACCUUUGAACUGUCAUUAUCUACAAACUGAAGGGGUACAAGGUACACGGCCGACCCAGGACUGGGUCAGGGGUGAGUUUAAGGAUACUUUUUCCCCCAAAAGGAAGUGGUGUGUGUAAGCAAGUUGAUUCUGGCAACACUAAAGCCAAAAAAGCAAGUAUUUUUUCCCCACAACUGAUUGGUACGAUACAGCGAAGCCAAUGCUGAGCCUACCAAUGCUUCAUUCACUUGGACCCUAUUUCCCUGUUAUUCUAUGUGAUAUAUUCUCUAUGCUUUGUGUCUGUGUGUGUACCUUUACUGCACGUGUUCUCUCGCUUCAGGCUUGGCACUGAGCCUUGUCCUGGUUGGUCGGUGCUCCUGUGAUGUCACGGCGUGCUCAGUGUGGGAAUGAGAAAGCCACUGUUCUCCCCUGCUCGUGAGCGUCUGUCUGCGUGUGCCGUCUUUCCUUUGUGAAUGCGCUUCUUGUGUUUCUUGUGUUUCUUUAGCGUUGUCAACCCCAGUUCCAUUUUGUCUAACUUUGAUAGGGAAUCACUUUCUCCCCCUGUUUUACUCAGACAAAGGUUUGAUAGCAUUGUGUGGCAGCCAGUGGACUCUAAGAUUCUUACCCAACACAUCCCUGAUUUACAGUAGCAUGAUGUGCCCUUCCCCUCAUACCACCCUCCCCUCCGAUAUGUUGACACCAUACUCCUCUCCAUCAACUCCUGUAGCUCCAACUUAUGUCUCUAGCCUAUCAGCUUCCUCCUUUGCUCUCUCUCUCUCUCUCUCCUCUCUGUUUGCUUUGGCUGUAGCACCUCAUGGCUUCGUUCUUUUAUGGUUCACAUUAGAUUGUGCUUUCGGUUUUAGGGGGUGAAGAAGAUAGGGGCAUAAUAAACAGUGUGGAUAAUCAUAUUUAUGGGAACGAGAUGGAGGUAUAUGUGGAAGUUUAGAUGAGAUUUUAGAGACUAGCGUAGCUAAUCAAGUAAGGACAUACUGACAGAUAGCACUGUGACCGCCCAACUUAACACUGACCCCUGAGCCCAUGUACCUUGUACUGUGAACUUACACAUACACACACCUCAUACAUGCAUACAUACAAACACACACAUAACCAUUAUACACACUCGCACAUAUCACUAAUACACACAUGCACAUACAGUAAUUGAUCUAUUGUGCCCUAGUUGUUAUGAGAAGCCAGGUCAGGCUCAGAUUAUGUACUUUGGUGUCUGCCACAGCAAUAAUAUCCGACAAGGAGAACACAGAGGGAUAUAUACAGUUGAAGUCGGAAGUUUACAUACACUUAGGUUGGAGUCAUUAAAACUUGUUUUUCAACCAC